AAUGGAACCAGCUCAGUUGAUUUCUGAAGAAUGGGGUUCUCUUAGUGGACUAUACACAGCUGAGGAAGCUGAAUUCAUGACUCAGCUUCUUGCUGGUAACUAUUCUGUCUCAGAGAAGCAUUAUUCUAGUGUUGCCAUGCCACCAUCUUCUGCAUUUUGGCCUUGCCAUGAAUCCACAAAAGUGAGCUUCAAAGGCAUCAAUGGCAAUUCCUAUUUGCCUCCUUCACAUAUUGAAAAUGCUAACUAUCUAUGCUUCUCCCAAGGGAGUAGCUCCAGUACUGAGAAUGGGAAUAUCUAUUCCUAUGAUACCACAACAAAUUUCGACUCCAUGUCCACCGAUAAUUGUUUAGAAGGUGCCAAGUUUAGUCCACAGAGUAAUGAUAACUCGAGGGCGCAGAUAAGUGGAAUCAUUGAUGAUGAUGCUAAGAUAGAGUGUGAAAGAAUGGUUUUUGAACCUGCAGAGGACUUGGAGAACCCAACCAAAAGGCUUAGGAGUUCAUCUGAGGUCCCAAGAAACAUGAGGAAUGUUAAAUCAAGGAAGGAGAAUCCACUUCCUUCUUCUUACACAAGCAACAGUGAAGAGGAUAAAGGCCCUGCAGCUCCCAAAAAUAGAAGAAGUAGCAGUGGUGCUGCCACAGAUCCACAGAGCCUAUAUGCAAGAAAAAGAAGAGAAAGGAUAAAUGAAAGGUUGAGAAUACUACAAACACUUGUCCCCAAUGGAACUAAGGUGGAUAUCAGCACCAUGCUUGAGGAAGCUGUCCAUUAUGUGAAGUUCUUACAACUCCAAAUUAAGCUUCUAAGCUCUGAUGAUUUAUGGAUGUAUGCUCCAAUCGCUUACAAUGGAAUUAAUAUUGGACUAGACCUCUCUAUUACUCCUCCAACUAAAUGGGAAAGCCCUUUUCUACAUUGA